CGGCAACACUGGCACUGCCAGUGACCAAGAGCGCCGACGCGACGCGACGAUUCGCUGAACGCAAGAUAAAAUAAACAGCUGAUCGCAAGGCAAAAACAAACCAUCAUGGAAGGAAAAGUCAUAAUUAUUACCGGGGCCAGCUCCGGGAUCGGCGCAGCUACAGCCAUCUACUUCUCCAAACUAUCAGCUAAAUUGGUUCUUGUUGCGAGAAACCCUACUAAUCUGAGAAGAAUAGCUCUUUACUGUGAAAAAUCUAGUGGAACAGCUCCUUUGACUCUCACGGCUGACGUCACUGAAGAACUAGACAACGAGAGGAUCAUAAGGGAAACAGUUGAACACUUUGGGAAGCUGGAUGUGUUGAUAAACAACGCCGGAGUGAUAGGAAUGGGCGGCAUCAAGUCCUCGACAAUGGAAACAUACGACACGGUAAUGUCAACAAACAUAAGAGCUGUUUAUCAUUUGACUAAAUUAGCCGUGCCUCAUCUGAUUACCAGCAAGGGCUGCAUUGUGAAUAUAUCUUGUAUUGCCGGCUCUAAACCCAAUACGUCAACACUAGCCUAUAACAUAUCGAAAGCGGCGCUCGAUCAUUUCACCAAAUGUGUUGCGUUGGAAUUGGCACCAGAUGGCGUUAGAGUGAAUUCGAUAAAUCCUGGUUUGGUGAAGACGAAUCUGUUGAAGAAUAUUGGUUUGAAUGAGGACCAGCUAGAGAUGUUUGUGAAGAAUGUCCUCGGUAAUACACCACUAAAGAAACAGGUGGAAGGCGAUGAGGUGGCUGCCUUGAUAGAGUUUCUGGCAAGUGACAAAGCCAAGAGUAUAACUGGAACAUGCUACGUCAUAGACGGCGGUAGUUUGCUGAAGUAAUAUUGGUUAAGAAUUUACAUCGCCAGUCAAGCUUUUAUUGUUGUGUAAAAAAAGUUGUUGUUGAGUAUCUCAUUUAUUAUUUUAUAUGUAGGAUGUUUAGUUAAAAUAAAAUCAAAUAAAAAAUAAUCAGUAAAAAAAAUA